AUGGGAAUCCAAGCGUGUCAAGAGCUCUUCCCGCUUGCUGAUUUCCUCAAGAGAGAGCAACGUAGAGGUCUUGCUGGUCAUCAUGCGAAUUGGCCGACGGUCCCUCAUUUGGCGACGGUCCCUCAUUUGCCGGCGGUCCCUCGUUGUUCGGCGGUGGUGCCUGAUUAUUUAGUUGGUGCGCCAACUGGAUCGGUCGGUGGUUGGGGUUGGAACUUGGUGAGGAGAUCCUUAAAGCCCUUGAACGACUGGAUCUGUAAACGAACGAAAUCAACCGUGCAAGUACCUAUAAAUGGGAAGUCCGGAAUUGUCAGUGAAUUUUUGUCGACGGAUUGCUCCUGUUGA